AGUUCCUGGUUGCUUGCUUCUUCUUCUUCUCUGAUCGUUUUCUCUCUCUUCUCAAUUAUUCCCAUGGCUAAGAGUUCAUUCAAGAUGGAACACCCACUUGGUCUAAUGUAUGUUUGCUAAUAUGUAUAACAUUACAUGCCAGAAAGGAGACAGGCUGAAGCAGCUCGCAUUAGGGAGAAGUAUCCUGAUAGAAUUCCAGUAAUUGUUGAAAGGGCAGAGAAGAGUGAUGUUCCCGAAAUUGAUAAGAAAAAGUAUCUUGUUCCUGCUGAUUUGACUGUUGGCCAGUUUGUGUAUGUGGUGCGGAAGAGAAUCAAGCUGAGUCCUGAGAAAGCCAUCUUCAUUUUUGUCAAGAACAUUUUACCACCAACUGCGGCAAUGAUGUCUUCAAUUUAUGAGGAAAAUAAGGAUGAAGAUGGAUUCCUAUAUAUGACUUAUAGUGGAGAGAACACAUUUGGUUUUAUGAUCUGAAAUGAUUCAUGACAGGCAACCUUGUGAAUAGAACUUCCUAAAAGUGACCUAUGUGAAGAAGUCAGCUUAAUUGUUAAAUCGCUGGUUUGAUCCGUUUCUUGUAAAGUUUAUUAACUAAUUGAUGUUAAUCGUUGUGUACUGGAACUUAAUUGAAAAUUGUCGUGCUUCUAUCUUUAUGAAUUGCAAAAGUUUAA